CAGAAACAUCCGCAUGUGAUAUUUGAGGCACGCACUAAAGCCAAUAAAGGAUGCGCCAAUUCGGGUAAUUUAGAUUCGUGGCGAUUGUCACGGCGCACGAAACAUCUUUCGGCGGGUGUCAUCGAUGAAAUUCAUCCGAAUGGUGCGGGCCGAUAUAAGCGCGAUGUACGCGAGGCGACUAAAUACAUCGAAACAGCCAUCAUAGUGGACAAAGCGAUGUUCGAGAAGCGCAAUGGCAGUACACGUGCCGAGGUCAUACACGACGCCAUACAGGUGGCGAACAUCGCCGAUUUGUACUUUCGCACGCUCAAUACCCGCGUAUCGGUGGUGUACAUAGAGACGUGGGGUAAAAACCAGGCCGUCAUCGAUGGCAGCAAAGACAUCAGCAAAGCCAUAUCGAAUUUCAAUGACUACACAUCGCGGAAUCUCUUCCAGAUCGAACGCGAUACCACACAGCUGCUAACCGGCGAGACGUUCGCUGGUGGCGAAGCGGGCAUUUCUGUGCCGGAAACUGUGUGUACGCCGCGUGCGGUUGGCAUCAGCGUCGAUAUCAACGUUUACGAGCCACAUCUGCUGGCUGGCACAAUGGCGCACAUGAUUGGCCAUAAUAUCGGCAUGGGGCACGAUGAUGGACGUGAGGAGUGCUUCUGCCGUGACUGGCAUGGCUGCAUAAUGGCCCAAUCGAUUGUUGGCCAGGAAAAUGUGCAGCCAUACAAAUUCUCCGAGUGCAGUAAAAAGGAUUAUAUCGAUGCGCUACGCACCGGACAUGGGUUGUGUUUACUCAAUAAGCCAAAUGAGGUGAGUCUCAAAUGUUCGCCCAGCGGUUGA